AUGUCGUCACUACCCGUGGAAUGUUGUGAAUUGUACAUGGAUGAAUCGAUGGCUCUGAUCCCCCUAAUUGGCGAAGACGUGUGCCUGGCCUCGGUUCAAUCCGUCGAGUCCAACCCGAUCAGCAGUUUGAUCGUCUCCGCGGCACCGUUUUGCAACGUCGGGCCAAUUGCUCAUCCUCCUCGACGUCCUCCUCCCUUUCUAAGUCAUGCUCCAAGCGACUUCUUCGUCUCGACGCCGUCACCGCGCCUGCCGCCGCCGCCACCUCAUGCUCCAUCGCUCCAGCCACCACCUGCCCUCCAUGCUAUCCGCAGUCCUACUUUGGAGCCUAUCCAAUUAUGCAGGCCCACGGAGGCAACGGGUCCAUUCAUGGACCAAUUGGUGGAGGAGUCUAUUGAAUGCUACAGCAACUAUUGCCAAAUCGACCAGCCCGCCCAACAACACUUCAUCAACAACCCACAGUAUUCGAGCUAUUCUACCGAUCUCGACCUCACGCUGUUGGAGCAGGAGCUCGCCCCUUAUCAAUGUCCUCCCGCCUGCUCCGACUCGCCUGUCGAGCCGAUCCCCUUCCUCGACGACCUCAUCCUCUCCGUACGCGCCGAAAUCGAGGCAACAAAAGAGCUCGACCUCAGCCCCAGCCAAAGUGCCGUCCCGUCGCCGGCUGUCUCCCGAAAACGCAGCAUCGAUGAGGAUUCGUCCUCUCAAUCGGAGACGUCCGACGAAGACUUGCCCCGGCCAAAGCGUAAACCGAUCAGCCUUGCCUCGCUGACGCGCGAAGAGGCAGCAGCGCGGAAGCGCGAGCAGAACCGCAUGGCUGCCCUCAGAUAUCGCGAAAAGCAGCGCAGGUCAAAGAAGGGCGAGAUCCGCGAGGUCGAUCAUUUGAUCGCUCGCAACGAGUUCCUGGCCGCCGAGUCUAUUCGUCUGGAGAAGGAGGUUCGUGCUCUCCGUGCGUCUCUCUACAGUCAAUUCGGCAUCCCUUUACCCCCAUCUUCAACGUCAUCU